AUGGCAACCACAUCUUUCCAACCAACGAGCCUGGGCCACCACGGCAAGUUCUCAAAAACUCGCACACGAGGCUCCGUCCGGCCUAUAUUGAAAAAAUUCCACUCCAACUCACUUUCCGAGAAGAACUCUCUCGACCUUGAUCGAGGCUGGGAGGAUCAGCCUUCGCCGCAGCUGGGAUAUACGGAACCUGCAUAUAUCCACGAGGAGCCGUCGGUUCAUCAAAUAUACCCCUCCGCCAAUUCUCGCUCCACACGAGAUGUGAGCUUCGCCUUAUCGGCCACCGACUUGACAACUCUCAACUCGAUUCAACCCUCGUCAACAUUCAGCAGCACAUCCACCUCCGGUCUGCCUUCUUCCUCCAACGUCACCAAUCCUUCCCACACGCGAUCGACAAGCAACGCCUCUCAUAUAUCCCUGGCCACGUCUGCCAGCGGCCGCAACGGAUCCUUCGUGCACCCUUUCCAGCAAACACCAAGGACUUCCACUCCUCCCCUGAUUUCAUAUGCCAACUCGCUCGCCUCGCUCGACCAGCGUGACACUUCUCCAACCACAAUAACUGAGGACGACGAUCUUCCCGAUUCAGUCUUCCAAGGGUAUACACCUCCCCAAUCUCAAGUGAAAUCACCCUUCGUGCAGAAGCCAUCAGCUCCUAUUGCCCAACGUGCCGGUUCAUUGUCAGACGCCCAGCCACCACUGCGAAUCGCUACCGGCUGGACAGCCUCGGGAGCUGGACCUCGUUCGGUUAAUGCAGGGUCGAGUCUAAAUCAGCAUCGCUCGUCUGAUGGUCAACUCAGCGGUCGGCCAUCACUGACUGUGAUUGAGCGGUCGCCCCUUUCAUCCACGCCUGUUGCACAAUCCCCACAGGCUAUGGCAUCGCCCAUCUCCACGCACGCCAUGUCUCCUCUACGUACCUCUCUUGACAUGAACAACUUUCGUCUUCGUUCACGAAGCGAUGUUGACACGGCAACUCGACAGGAACAGGUUCGUGCUGCUCGCCAAAAGUUCGACGAGAAGGAGAGAGCCAAAGAAGAGAAAUAUGCUCGUGAGCAGUCUCGUAAGCGCGAGCGUGCUGAUACGAAAGAGGCGCAACGCGUCGAAAGAGCCCAGGCUGGGCAUCAUCGCAAGGGUAGCAACAGUGGAAGGACCUCAUGCAGUACAGAUAUCCGCCCUGUGUUUUCACGAAGGAAUACGGGGAACAGCAGACUUGACACAGCCAGCGAGAAAGCUACUGACUUUGUGAGUCGAGGGUACAGGGAAAUGGCCCCAGCACAGUCACCUCAACCCCAAGCUGAGAACGUGCAAUUUGAAUCACCUCGACGGUCUACCAAGCGCAAAACCACGGGUACCUGGACGGCUUUUGUCUUGUGGUUCAGGACUAGGCUGCUUAAACUGGGCAGGCGGUAG